AUGUGGUUCGUCCUCUUCAAAAUCUUCCGCUUCGGCUACUCCGAAACCAAAAAAUACAAAGCCAAAAAAGCCGCUCAGCAACCCGGCCAACCCGGACAAGCCCAGUUCCAACAACCUCCAUUCCCAAACCCUUACUUCGGCGGCACCGCAGACGGCUCUCGCGGGCCAGAGCAGUACCCAAUGGACACCUACCCGGCGCCUCCGCUCCCCGAGCAAACCCCUCCACCCGCAAUGGGCAAGCGCGCGAAGAUGAAAGCUCUCAUUUCAACCGCCCUCGCCAUCCUCCAAUUCGCUUUCGGUCUCGCCGUCAUCGGCCUGUACAGCCAGGACAUCAACUCCGCGCGCGAUAGGGGCGACUCAGCGCCCAGCCGCUGGGUUUAUGCGGUGGUUACGGCGUUCAUGUCGACCGUCACUGCGCUGGCGUACCUGGUUCUCGGCUGGUGGUGGAAGAAGCGCUCCAAGCCGUCGUUCAGCCAGCGGGGUGGUCUUUUCCUGCCGCUGUUCGCGUGGGAGUCUAUACUCGUUAUCCUGUGGCUUGUUGUCUUUGGGAUCUUUGGCGAGAUGUAUAUUGGUGUUUAUCAUGUUGGUGGCAAGGACGGCGGUGAUAGUAAGGUUACCCGCAUGCGCAGGGCUGUUUGGGUUGAUCUUGCUUGCUUGCUGUUUUGGGUGGUCUCUGGUGCUUGGAGGGGUGUUAGGUGGUGGAAGGCGAAAGGAAGUGGAAGUGGUCCGAGUGGGUUCAGUGGGUUCUCUUUCAGGAAGAAGAGGAGUGGUGUUGAAGGCGGGGAGAAGGAGAUGGCCUGA